GCACGCCACCGGAGACCGGAGGAAGAGCCACACGCCAUAGCCGCCUAUCCCCUUGCUUCCAGCCGCCGGCCGACGGCGAGUGGCGGGGUUCUCCUCUCGCAGCCGUCUGCGUGCCCUGUAAGACUCGUAUCGUCCAAGGGAAUACUAGAGAGUAGGCAUGGCAGCAGGGACGGGGGAGGAGGUGCAUCUGGGCUUGCCGGGGCCCUGGGCGGAGGACUACCGGGAGAAGGCCGACCACUACACCACCAAGAUCGGCGGAGUCCCUGAUUGGCCAACGGAGGAGGGUAUGGGCAUUAAACCUGUCUUGCUCCAAUGCAGUUUAUGUGGAACCAGGCUCUGCCUUGUUGCUCAGGUUCAUGCUCCUCUCGCAAAGCUGAACAUCGAGGAGAGGACACUGUAUGUACUUGUUUGCCCGACAGCAAAAUGCAGUCCUAACCCUCAAAGUUGGAAGGUCCUAAGAGUUCAGAAGUGCCAUAGUCGUAUUCAAACAAAUGGCAAUGGAGAUGAAUUAGUCCAAAGAAAAGAAAAUGUUUGCUCAAAUGAGCCUUCUCCUACAAGUGCUGCUAAAAAUCGUAACGAAGAAAACACGAGUCUCGAUAGCAAUGAUGAUGAUUUUGAUUUAGAUGCCUUGGCUGAAGCACUCGAGCAGGCUGCAACGUUGGCAUCCAACACAAAGAAGCAAAAUAAAUCGAAGCGUGCUAAUGCCCCUGUAAGAUGCACUGUAGUUAAGGAGAAAGUAAAUGACCUCAGUAUACCAGUUCUUCCUUGCUUCUACAUCUAUUAUGAUAAGGAUCAAUUGAGGGGGAAAUGCAAUAUAGGUUCAAGUAGCAGUGAAGUAGUUUUGGCAAAGGAGAUUCUGGACACAGGAUAUGAUGAAGAGGAAAAAUGGGAAGGUGAAAAGUAUGAAUAUGAUAGAGCUCUUGGUGCUGACAGAACUUUCUUAAAAUUCAAGAAACGGUUGGAUGAGUAUCCUCAGCAGUGCUUUAGGUAUUCUUAUGCUGGCAAGCCACUGUUGGCUGCAACAGACCUACAAGAUGUUGUUGGCUCAUGUAAGCUUUGUGGUUCACCGCGCCAAUAUGAAAUGCAACUGAUGUCUCCUUUGUCAUAUUUUCUCCAUCAAGCCGGUGAUGGUUCCUCAGAUUGUGCACCUAAUUCUUGGACUUGGCUGACUCUUGUUGUAUACACUUGCUCCAAGAGCUGCUAUCCGUCCUCUUGCGGUGGAAAGCUGAGCAAUUGCUGCUGGGGGGUGGCAGAGGAGGAGAUAUUGAUGCAGGAGGACGAAGCAUGUGACGCGUAAUGUGCUGAGUGGCAGGAGGAUGAAUGUUACGCGUAACGUGCUGAGUAACAACUCAGCACAUUUAGACAUCGCUGUCAAGCAAUCUGUAGUCUUAUGAUGCAGGUUUUCAUUGUUCUUGUACUCAGUCAGUGUCACAAGCCAAUUUUGUAGAAGUCUGCCGAACUUUUUAAGUAGUAUAAAAUUUGUUCCGGAUCUUUCUUGUAACUAGCGAAAUCACAGGUUUGUGUGGUAAUAUGUCAUGGGUAAACAGAGUUGUAUAAACCUCUUCAACUACACUUCUCUUGCUGCAUUAGUUUAACCCUGCGUUGUUGUUUCA